AUGGGACUUAAUAAAGACAUCUCUUCUGUGAUCAUGGAAGGAGGGAACCAGAGCAGUAGCUUUGAGCUCUUCCUCUGGGGACUCUCAGAGAAGCCUGACCAACAGCACGUCUUGUUCCUGGUGUUCUUAUGUAUGUACCUAGUCACUGUGACUGGCAAUUUACUCAUUGUCCUGGCUAUUUGCACUGACAAACGCCUCCACAUGCCCAUGUAUUUCUUCCUCUCCAACCUGUCCUGUGCAGACAUCCUCUUCACUUCCACCACUGUGCCCAAAGCUUUAGUGAACAUUCAGACCCAGAGCAGGUCUAUCUCCUAUGGGGGGUGCUUGACCCAAUUCUAUUUCUUCUUGAUUUUUGGGGAUAUGGACAACUUCCUCCUGGCCACAAUGGCCUAUGACCGCUAUGUGGCCAUCUGCCACCCUCUUCACUAUACUAUGAUAAUGAGUCCCAGGCGCUGUAUACUUCUGAUUACCACCUGCUGGACUUUCAGCAACUUUAUUUCCAUGAUCCAUACUUUCCUAUUAUUUCGCCUUUCCUUCUGCCCUAACAAAAUCAUUCCUGACUUCUUCUGUGAUUUGGUGCCUUUGCUGAAGGUGUCUUGCUCUGACACGAAAGUCAAUGAACUGGUACUCUUCUAUGUGGGGGGAGCAGCCGUUGCAAUACCAUGUGCACUGAUAUUGAUCUCUUAUAUCUGUAUUGUUUCAGCCAUCCUCAGGUUGCCCUCUGAUCAAAGCAAGUGCAAAGCUUUCUCUACCUGUGGGUCCCAUCUUGUUGUUGUUACUCUUUUCUUUGGAACGGUGUUCAGGACUUACCUGUUCCCAUCAUCUACUUCCUCCAAUGUGGUGGAAGGAGAUGUAACAGCUGCUGUCAUGUAUACAGUGGUGACACCCAUGCUAAAUCCAUUCAUUUAUAGCCUGAGAAAUAAAGACAUAAAGGCAGCUCUGGGGAGACUUUUCAGAGGGAGAGUCUCUUUUUUGAGGGUCCAAUAG